CGAUCUCUUCUGGCUUCUCGAUUUGACUCCGACUUCUGAGUUCUUACUUGAGGCGAGUGCACAAGGGCGAUAGAAUGUGAGCAACAACUCUAAAACAACAUCAGGAGAAAUAACUGGAAUUUUGGACGUCUUAUGAACAGCGAGAAUAUCGUCUGAGAAGCGCGUCAUCCUCUUGUGCUAGUGUGUUCAUUCAUUCUUGGUUUUGGUACUCUUGCAUGCGUUGCUCUCGCUCUCGUCCAGUCAGAUUUGGUUGGGAUGCCAAGAUAGAGUUUGAGAUCGGUUUUAAUGAGGUGGUCUUCAUAGAGGAGUGUCUCUUGUUUUCUUCCAUUCUGGUGUGUGAUUUAUUCUGAGAUUGAAUAAAUCACAGCUCGAUAUCUGCGUGGAUAAUUAUUUUCUGGCUCAUCUUGGGCACCCAAUCCAAGUGAAGAUCCUCCCGGUGUGCGUGUGUUUGUGAAGUCACAAUGGGUUUGUCUCUGAAGGCGGUCUUGAUGGUCUGGGGUGUUCUCUCGACUGCUGUGAUAUCGAUUGUGGGCGGGAUUCAGUGUUUCGAGUGUGAUGAAUUUCCCGGAGCCUCCAGUCGACCAUGUCCCGGAGGAAGAUUGAUCACUUUUGGCCACAAAUAUGACGCGUGUAUUGUCUACCGGUUAAAAUCAGGCCGCAUUGUAUAUCAACAAGAAGUUCAAAGUGGGUCAGAAAACAAUCUAUGUCAUCAGAAUCCGAGCUUUCUCCAAGAUGUGAUUCGAACCAAUUUUGGGGAAGAGGGCAAUGCAAUGUGUUGCAAGCAAGAUGGAUGCAACAAAGAUGUUCCGCAAGACUUCGAAAGAAACAGCCAAGUACUUUUCUUAGAGGAUUUUGACCGAGGUCAAAGCCAUCACCAAAAGCCAAAACCAUAUGAGAAAGCUGAUUACCGUGCAUCGGCAGCCAUUCUCUCUCCGAGUGCCCAAUUGGUGGCGCUUUUAGGAACACUUCUUAGCCAUGGAUUAAGAUUGUUUUGAACAUUGGCCAUCUUCUCUUGCACAUUAUCUUCAUCUGGAAAAAUAAUUGUCAUAAUUCAUGAAGUAUAACUAAGGAUAGGAAAUACACCUUGUUAUGAAAUGCU